AUGUCGUCAUCUGGUACGGGCGGCAAGUCCGGGCCAACAACUGGUCAAAAGCCAGAAGCGCGAAAACCAGUCUCUCAGUCUGUGCGUGCAGGACUUCAGUUCCCUGUGGGACGUAUCCACCGCCACUUGAAGAACAAGUCGCAAAACAACAUCCGUGUCGGUGCAAAGGCUGCCGUGUAUCUGAGUGCCAUCCUUGAAUACCUUACCGCUGAAGUUCUAGAGUUGGCUGGCAAUGCUUCAAAGGAUCUGCGAGUAAAGCGUAUCACGCCACGUCAUCUCCAGUUGGCCAUUCGUGGCGACGAGGAACUUGAUUCACUUAUUCGUGCAACAAUUGCCGGAGGUGGCGUGCUGCCAUAUAUUCACAAGUCACGUAAGUGUUUAAGACCACAGCUAACGGAGCAACGCAGUUAUCAAGACGCCUGGGAAGAAGAAGAGCUCAUCAGACUAGAUGUUCCUAUCCCAGCUUUUCUUUUACCUUUUUUUUGCCGUUGUGUGUUUCUUUCUUUUUCUCUAUCUCUUCGAGUGUGCAUGCAUGUAUGCAUUCUAAUUGAGCGAUCAAGAUAA